UGGGCGAGUUCUUACUCUGUGUGCUAUUUAUCCUCUAACAACUGCAACACUACAUCAGUUUCCUUAUAUAUGCUGGAUCCUUUUGAAUCAUCAAGGGAAAACUCAACAAAUUAUUUAUUAUGAGGGGCUGAGAAGAAAGAAGUAUUUAUUUGGGAAGAAUUGCUGAAAGACUUUGUGUCAUGAUGAUGGAUCAGGAUGAAUCAAUGGACUUUAAGAUGCUGAAGGCACGGUUUCAAGGAGAAAAGGGUUUAAAGAUCCAGACUAAACCUUCCAUCCCAGAAAAACCUAAAACCAUCACUUCUCCGUCAACAAAAAUUAACAACCCUUUUAUCUCCUCUAUCAAUGCUGCUGUGCAAAAAGGAACGCUUCAUGCUCCACGUGUAGUCUUCAAAGAUAACAAAAAUCUCAGCCACCAACUAUCUCCACCUUGGGGAUCGAAAGCCAAAGAGAAACACCCCAUCAAUAAUUCUGAACUGCUGAAUAAGAACCAAAAGAAGGAAGGUGACAUUUUCAAACAGGCUCUGAAAGAUAGGAAUCUUCCACUGGUUCUGCCAGGGCCUCCAAAAAAAUUUGGUACCCCAGAGCCUGAACCCAGUCCACUUACACCUUUGUCCGUUUCAUCCACACCCAAGAAGUUUGUAUUUAACACUAGAAAAACUGUCAAAGAUGUAAAUGAUAAAGCAAACACUGUAGAAACCCCAACACCAGAUUGUCUUACCCCUGACAGUUUUGCUCCAAGUCACCAAGCUCCUGCAAGCCCAUCUUUAACAGCUAAUGCCCUUACUGAAAGUAUACCUGUAGUGCCUACGGCUCUUGUUCCUCCUUCGGUUUUAGCUGAAAGACCUCAGGUCCCUAGCAUUCCUGCCCCAAGUAUUCCAGCCCGUGGCAUUCCAGCCCGAGGCAUUAAUGCCUUAUCCAGCCCUGAGUCAGUGAUUCCCAAACCAUCCUUCCCAACACCAGUCAUUCCCCCUCGAGCUGCUCCUAAGCCAGAGAUUUCUAAGCCAGAAGCCCCUAUUUCAAAUCGUCCUGAUCCAGCACCUCCUAAACCAGAUAUAAAUUUGGUCAGUUUAUCUGAGGUAUUUCCUUCCUCAGAAGAAAGUCCCCCAUUUGAUUUCACUGAUAUACCUCCUCCAGUUAUUCCUGAUGAAGAUUUUCCUGAUGGAGAUUAUUCUGACCAAGCUAUGCCCAGUCCAGCAAUACGUACAUCUAUUACCCCAGUUCCCAGGAGUCCAGCUGUCUCCAGGACAGACAUCCCUGCCCAGCUCACCCAUCCAGAAGUAUCACUAGAGCCCUUGGUGAAACCCUUGAUAUUUACACCUGCCCCAGUCUCAGUUGUUGCUGCAAGCCCUCCUCCGGCAGUUCAUACUCCGGUUGCACCUGUAGAGGAAUUACUAAAAAAUGUUAAAGCCCUGACUGAUACAAGGGCUGAUAAAACAGAGGUGGAUGAGUCCUCAACCAAGUCUCAUUUAGCUCUCUCAACCUUGGCAAGAGCAGAGGAGAUGGCCCCAAUAAAAUGGACCACACCACAAGAUAACCGUGUGUUUAAUCUACUGGAAAAGGCUAAAAGAAAGUCCACAAUGGGCCAGCUGUUAACCACACCUGAAAAUACAACCCCAUUAGAGAAAGCUUCUCCUGAGGUAGGUCUACCUGAGACUGCCACACCAAAGAUGGGCCAACUUGAUCUGGCUCCACUUGAAAAAGCCCUACCACAACUUGCCACAACUGUAAAAACACUUCCCGAGGAAGCCCCCACUGUACCAGAGGAUCCAACUUUUAAACUCCCUGCUAUUGACUAUGUGGAUCAUGCUCACUUGCCACCUAAAACUCUCCCACCUGAAACAGCCCAAGUUAAUGGCCUUGAUCACAGGGUGCUGACAGUGGUGAAACCAGUGAACCCUCCUCGCCCUCCACCACGGAAGCCUCUCCCAGACACACCUGUUGUGGAACUCCCGCUUAAGAAACCAAUUCAGCCUCCUGCCAAAGACCUUCAUAUUCCCACAAUACCAGCUGAAACUCUAGAAACACAUGAAGAUUCACAGUUUGACAACUCGUUUGGGAAGGCAUCUUUUGAUGAUGUAGAGGAAUAUAAUUAUUAUGCAGUUCCUACCUUAAGGUCUCCAUUAGUACCUCUAUCAGCUUCAGACUCCAAAAAACCGGUAUCAAUUCAUGAGAAAACCUUCCUUGAACAAUCUAGUCCAAAACAUCAGACUGUAGAGGUGGAAAGAGACAAUGGUGAAGUGGAUUGUGGAUCUGUCAACACUAGCUCUUCAAAGCCAGACACUCAAGCUGCUAUAUAUCAAGAAUCACCUGUCAACCAAGAUGGCUUGUCCCCAUCAGGGACCACUGAAAGCAGUGACAAUAUCUAUGAAGACCUAGCAAAUAAGAAAGGGAAAAUAUUAAAGAACAAGAAACAGAAAGGACCUCCAAAGAAUCCUUAUGCUGAUACAGCAACUGCAAUGGAGGAGACUCCCAAGAAAGUCUUGUUCUCCAGGAAGAACUCUGCAAAAGCAGCUGAUGAAAAAGAACUAAAAAAGAAAGAGAAACAGCGAGAAAAGGAAAAAGAGAAAGAAAAGGAAAGAGAAAGGAAAGAGCAGAAAGAAAAAGAAAAGAAAGAAAAUGAAAUUAAGAAAAGAUUUAAGAUCAAAGGGCAGGAGGAGCCCAUUUAUUAUGUUAAAGUGAUUGAGGACUGUAAGGGCAGUAAAACUGACCUGCCGGUGAAGGUUGGAGACACUGUGAGCAUCAUUCGUACCAACAAAUGCCCUAAAGGCAAAUGGCUGGCCAAGGACAGUGACAACAAAUAUGGCUAUGUCCCAGUAGAGAGUGUGAAUUUAAACAUCAGUGGAAUUAUGGAGCUGGGGAAGAUGACCACAGCAACUAACAGAUCCAAUGGCAAUGGACAUAGGGAUGGAGAGGUCACCAGCUCAGGCAGCAGAAUCUCAGAUCAUUAUGCCAUGAACCAUGAGAGCUUCUCAGAUGACAGUGAGGAGUGGACAGGUGAUGAAGAUGAGGAGUAUGCCUCUCAGACAGAAAUAGCACACAUAGGGCUGAAUCAGACACAAGCCACACCAACGAGAGUCUCAAUGAUUGAAUCAGGUCCUGUGCAGCUAACGGAGUCUGAUGGAAAUUACAUGCACGUACAAGCAAAUAAGGAAGCCCUUCAAAAACUAGCCACAUUCUUUACUCAACCUAAGACACCUUCUCAGGCUCUUCCAGAAAACAACACCCCAAAAAUGCAAGCAUCUAAACCAGAGAUUCCUGGCUACUUAAAUAAAGAAGAUGAUGUAGAAGUCUCAGACCUUCAGAUACUUCCUCCUCCAGACCUGUAUUCUGACAUCAUAGCUGCUGACUCCAUGCCAAUUUAUAGCAAGUCAAUCAAAAUCUACCACAAAAUAGCUGAAUAGUUCAGACUGCAAGAUGGAAUGAUGAAUCACAUUGGCUGUUUGCAGAGUCUCUUGUUCUUUCAGAGUUCAUAACCCUGCUGUUUUGAAGAGUACCUUGGAUAUUUUCAC